AUGUUUAUGUUGUUGUUGAGUGGUAUUCGUGCAAACACUACUGCGAGUACAACACAAAUGUCUGACACAUGGUCAAUGGACACGGACACUUCGAUGCAAGCUAUGACAAGCUUCAUGACUACUACUAUUGCUACGGCCACCACCACCGCUACAGCAGCAGCCGCUACAGCUACAGCUACAACAGCCGCUGCAGCUACAGCUACAACAGCCGCUGCAGCUGCAGCUACAGCUACAACAACCGCUGCAGCUGCAGCUACAGCUACAACAACCGCUGCAGCUGCAGUUACAGCUACAACAACCGCUGCAGCUGCAGCUACAGCUACAGCUACAACAACCGCUGCAGCUGCAGCUACAGCUACAACAACCGCUACAGCUACAACAGCCGCUACAGCUACAACAGCCGCUGCAGCUGCAGCUACAGCUACAACAACCGCUACAGCUACAACAGCCGCUACAGCUACAACAGCUGCUGCAGCUACAGCUACAACAAGUAGCAACACUACCACAACCACGGCAAAGCCUUCAAGUGGCAAUGUACAACAAGAAUUGAUAAAUAUGCCACUACUAUUUAUGGUUAUUAUCUUUUUAUCAUUAGCCGUUAAAGAUAUAUGA